AUGGGCGAAUUAGUGCUGUACAAUGCCGUUGAUGGCAGCGAGAAGUUUUCGGCAUGUAACAUAAUUCACGGGAAAGUCAGCAGGCCAGGAACGACAAUCCUCGAGGUUCAUAACCCGGAAUUGCCGACUCUGAGAUUUCCUGUCAACGAAUGUGUUUUCAAAUGUGUGGUGAUGCUGAAUCCGGGCGAAAAUCGAUUGACCUUCAUCAGUGACCAAGGCGAACGCAAAUCGAUUGCCCUGCGCUAUACGCCUUUAUUGCAAAAUCCCCCAGUUCAUAUGUGUCUGCUCGUUGCCAAAGAUUCGCCUUUGACAUUUGACUCGCCCCGUUCCCAGCAGGUUAAAGAGGGCGGAAAUAACCUGGAACUAGCUUGUCGCAAGCUUAGAGUGGGCACGCGAUUGAUGCAGGCUUUCACCAGCGAGCAAAUGCUUCGCAAUGGAUUUGGCCCGAGAACUUUUGGAGCUGUCGAGGAAUUUGCUCGCGACACGACUUUCAAACAGUCUCGUAUGCGCAAUAGGGUCAAGAUUCAUAUUUUGCGAUCCGAUAAGACUCUCAAAGAGCUACGAGACCCGAACUUGGCACAGCAGAACCCCAAUGCCUCUGAUGCUGGUGGUCUCUUUGGUAUAGCCAUGGAUGCCCUCCGCAAAUAUGGAGGCCCAUUUGACCCCCCUCACGGGUGCCCUGCUCAAGCAGCCGUCAUGUUUCUUGACACACAUUGGGAUCCCAAAUUGAAACUAAUUACAGCACACGCAGCGCUUGGCGGUGGCGACGACCGUAUAAAGCUUGCCAUUUUUGGAUCGCACGGCCUAUAUUCAUGGCCAACGUGUAUCGAAGAUGUCAUCCCAUAUUUCACAGAUGAAACCCGCUGUUCCCAGUCAGAGGUUGCUAAUGAUUCUGGAGAAUGUGGUUCCCAUUGGGAAUGCUUCACGCUCACAGUAGGUGCUUUUAUGCAUGAAAUUGGACAUUUACUCGGCAGUCCUCAUCAAGAAAAUGGUGUGAUGCUUCGUGACUACGUUCGACUAAAUCGUUCUUUCCUGACAAAGGAGGCCUUCUCAACAAGAACUAAUUCUCAUGGUGCCAAACCCCCCAUUUAUCCCCUAGAAGAGUGUACGUGGAACAGAAUAGAUCUUCUCAAGUUUCUACACCAUCCUUCGUUCACAAUUCCCCAGGACUACAAUGAUAGUUCGAUGAUGAGACCGUCUUGUAUUGGAGGCCACACUAUUCCAGCGCCUUCUGUCUACGUUCUUCCUAAUAAUUGUUGCCUUCUUAAGUCUCAAACGGGCAUAUUUUGCAUCCAGAUUAUAUGUGGCGAUCUGGCGCGUGCUUUCAUCGAAUACCUUCCACUCUCUUUAGGUGGUGUAGGACCUCAGAAGGAAAUUUUACUGUCGCUUGAUGAUUUGAGAUCUCGCAUUCCUCCUGAAUACGUUGCGCAAUAUCGCAACACAUUUAAAUUAAAGGUCUGCGCGCUCAAUUCACCAGAGGCCGACUGGGAAAUGUUCCCACAAUUUCUGCAAGCAUCCCAAAUCUCAAUGGCUCAAUAUGGCUUCCCAGCUCACGUAAUGGGUAUGAAGUCAACCCUUUACGGGUCAGCUCAAAGAGGACAAGAUGUCGGUAUAGUUCCUUUUGACGGACGACAGGUCAGCGGUGUAAGAGUAUACCAUGGCGCGGCAGUGGAUGGUGUCAGGUUUUACCUACACAGGCAACGGGCAAACGAAAAACAACCACCACUUCCUCCACGAUCCUACAUGGGCAAACUUGCAACUACUGUAAAAUCAGUCUAUACACAGAAUACGACGGGCCCUUCCGUGCUCUUUGGUCAUGAAACAGGCUCAUACAGCGAUAUAUUCUUCGACGACGAUGAACAACUUCUCGGAUUCGAUAUUCGCUCGGGUUGCUGGCUCGAUGGCAUUGGCGUUAUAACAAACAAGGGCCGUGCCAGCAAGAUUUUUGGGAACGCAAAUGGAGGAAGUGGCCAUCAAAUUAUUGUGCCCGGCGGUCAAAAACUUUUGGGUGUGUUUGGUAGAGUGGGUCAGUGGGUCGACGCAUUCGGCGUUAUUUAUGGCACAAUUUAG